AUGUCCUUCGCCAGCCUGCUCAGGUCAUCGAGACUAGCAAGCCUACCACCCUCCAUCAAGCCAUCCGGCCCCAACAACCAAUUCCCACUCGCACCAGCAAUCGCAACCACAACCGCCAACCAAGCAGCCGGCGACUGGGGACUUAAACGACCUCUCCCCCGUCUCAAGACAAAGCAUAUCGCAAUCUCGAACCUGGAUACACAAGAACAUCAAACACCCUUCAAGUCUGCCAACGAACACACCAAAUUCGUCAAACGCUGGCAAGAAAUGGGUUUUAAACCUUCGAGUGCAGAGACAUUUGCAGAUGGUUGGCAUCUCCUUGGACAAAAUCGUGCGGCACCGCCUGCUUUUGGUGCAAUUCAUCCUGAAUCACUCUCAAAGCAAGAGGCCGCUCGGCUCCUGUCUCGAGCGCGGAAACAACGUCGUGCCUUUCUAUCAAAACACAGUGCCCCGAGUCAGGAUAAUGCAAACGCCGUUGUCUAUACUCCCAAAACGCUCGAAUCGCUCCGUUUAGCAAUGAAGGAAGAGUUUAAUCUCGUCACAAGCAAACCAGGUCGUGUCCAGUCAAAUGGUGGUUUGGCCUAUCACCCACCAGGCAUGCUACACGUCUACAACACCCCAGCCGGCCCACAAGAACGACAACUCGUUGCGCGGCAUCUCAAGUAUAAAGGACCCAGUCGCGUUGUUGGGUUUGGUGGUAUUGUGGCCAAUGCCAACCGAGUGGGUGCGAAUCGGCCGUCUGGUAGGGAUACGACGCUGACGGUGUAUCCUACGCGUGCAGAAUUCAGAGAAGAUGGCAGUCUUGAAGUGAAUGUAUCAAAGCAUGCACCUGCAAGAGUUCAUAGCUAUGAAGCAGAGCGACGGACAGGCGAGGCGUGGAAGGGGCUUGCAGCGCGUGACUUGACGAUGGAGGAUCCAGAGGAUGAUUUCUUGCUGCAGCUCGAUCAGUUGCGAGAGGCAUCUCCUCUGUUCAAGCGGUAG